CUGCGCACCGGCUCCUCUGUGCUCUAGUGGCAGCCGAGGAGCAAUGGUGCUCGGAGCGUCCAGAGACGUCGGUGUUUCGGGUUUCUCGGAGGAGCAAAUGAAAUGCCGGGGAAUAUGAGCAAAGAGGAUGCCCCCAGUCGGAGCACUUGUUUGACCUUCACAAUUGACAACAUCCUCAACCUGAGGCCGCAAGAAAGUGGAGAUUUGGACUGUUCAAACGGGCAGAAAGACGGUGGAUGUAAGAAUGUUUUGGAGGAGCGAUGUGAGGAUGUGUGGGACGUCCGAAGGACAGAGGAGACAGUGAAGCCCAGAGUUCAGCGCGGGGGAAACACACCGCCGCUCACCGCUGGAUCCUGUCCGCAAAAUGAGUGCAGCGCUGAGGAGCCACAGCAGCAGCACCACCACCAACAACAGCAGCAGCAGACUGUGGACUCCAAAGCCAUGGUAAAGAAGAAAACGCGCACCAUCUUCUCCAAGCGACAGAUAUUUCAACUCGAGGCGACUUUUGACAUGAAGCGCUAUCUGAGCAGCUCGGAGAGAGCGUGCCUCGCGAGCUCCCUGCAGCUCACGGAGACCCAGGUGAAAAUCUGGUUCCAGAACCGCCGCAACAAGCUCAAGAGACAGCUGUCCACGGACAUGGAGGGGCCGCUGGCCGCCGAUCACUUUACAGAGGCAGGAAAAAACGUGCAAUUACCAACUUUUUACAAAGACAGCAGCGUGCUGGGCGGAUGUUUGUUACCCAUACCGUUCCCUGUCGUGUACCCGACGGCAAACGCCGCGCCUUACAUUUACUUCUCUAACACUGGCAAAUACUUUGGCCUCUUUGAUGCAGACUGUUGAGUUGUCUCUUGGGUGCGUGGACACUCCGACUUACAGUCAGCCCAAAUUUUUUUGCAUGAUACGUCUGAUCCUUUUUUCAUUUGUAACUUUUUUUUUUAAAUGAGUUGUCAACAUAUCAACUAAUUCAACGUGCAUGCGCCACUUUUUGGUUUAUCACUAUUAUUAUUGUUAUUGUUAUUAUUAUUAUUAUUAUUACUGAAUUUUAUAUACAGAGUUUAUCAUCUUGAAUUGUGCAUGCGUUCAAAUCCUCGGAGCAGUUUUCCUUUGCGCAGUAAUGUCAUCUGAAAGAAUGUACCAUACGUUAAACUCCUGAUGCUGCAUCAGCCUUACUACCCUGCAAUAAUACUUCCUGUUUGUGUGUGUUCAUUGUUUUUCCUGUGGAGCAACACUUGGUUUGUAUUUAUAUGGCCUUAUCAUUGUUUAGUUUUUUUUUAAAAAACAACUUUUAUCUUUUGUUUUCACUUUUAUAAGACUGUUAAACUGUGAAGACGGUUAUUCUACGACGAUCAUAUUUUGCAAUAAAACGUGUAACAUUUGCAGUUUUAAAUGUGUGUUGACUUGUAUCAGGAACAGCAACAAAAAAAACCCCAAAACAAACAACAACAAAAAAACAACAGAUAACACCAAAACACGCCCAGAUUGCAUUUUUAAUAAUCCUUUAUUUAUUUAUUAACUCCUACUCCUACUUUUUCUUUCACUUUGUAAGAGUCGUUUCGCAUUAUUUAUUCAGCGUUAGAUCGUAUUUAAAGAUUAUAGUAGACUGUCAGGACUUUAUCACUGCAGGGAGAAAAAUAAAGUUCAAUAACGGAGAGCUGAGAAAUCCGGGGCACACUAUUUGCUUUACAGUGAACGAAUUGUAAAUUUAGUAGUUAAACCAACUUAUGAUUAUACAUUUUGAACCGAAUUAACUAAUGUACCACAAAAAAAGAGAAAAGAAUCGUCUGUUUUUCUUGCUCAUUAAGUAAAUUAGCUGGUUAGUGUUUCCUUUUGCUAUCCCUAAUAUUAAAAGCAGAGACCAUAAGCUGAAUAAUGAUCACCAGUUAUCACCUCUGUGUUGACGUGCUGCUAAAAGUAUUUUAAAAUCUGCAGAAGCUUUACAGUCUUUGUUAGUGCCUUCUUGUGUGUUCACUCCCCCUGUUAUACCGCAGAGCUGUCAGGAAGCUCAUUUUGUCUCUCAGAAAUGUGUUUAAACAGAUGACAACUUCUUGGUGUGUAAUUAAAAGCUCUGUAACAACUCUCCAUUGAAAAAUCCAAAUCCUAAAUAUAUAAAAAAUAUUUAUAUAAAUUGAAUGAUUUAUUAGUUAGAAGAAAAUUUAAAGUUGUAGAAGCCUGUCAACCUUCAAAUAAAUUGUCUUAAUUUAGACUGAUAUGCUACAGAAAGUAACCAAGGAAGAGAAGUUAAUUUAGAAAGCAUUUUCCAGAGACAAAGUUGAACAGUGUUUGACACCAAAUAUAAAUAAAUAAAUGCCUGUAAUAGCUGUAAUGCAGAUUUUGUAAAUUCUGAAGUUAAGCGAUGAAUGAAUAUUAUCAAAUUCAUAUCUGAAUAAUCACUUUCAGCAUAAGACACAGUAUUAGCAAAUAUUACAAAUCGCUGAGAUGAGUAAAGACCUGUUUCUGGUAAGAAUAAGCAACUUUUUCUGUUCAGUUUCAGCGAAAAAAAAGAGGAAACAAAAAGAGAAUAUUCAAAAUGCUCACAGAGAUAUCUUAUGUGUUGAGCCUAUUUUCUUUCGUUUUAUUAUUCUGAAAUUAAUUUACCAUCAAAUGAAAACACUGAAUUAGAAAAAACAAUUGCAAACAACGUAAGUAAGCAUAUAA